GUCAUUUUUUUUCCAGCGAUCCCCGGGCGGUCCGCGGGCCCGAGGUUGCAACGCCCUGCAAACAACAGCCCCCACAACAGACGGAGGUGUGUUCACUCUUUCUUGAAGUCAAGUCGAGUCCACGGGCAGGAACCAGGAAGUGUGAGGCUCGUCCCUGAAUUCAACCCUAAUCUCGGCAGUGACCAGGAGUCGAUCAUGUCAACAUCUGCCGCGCAGUCAGAGCUGAGGCUGGUGGUGCUGGGCCGGGCGGGGGCAGGAAAGAGAUCAGUAGUCCAGACCAUCCUGGGCCUGCAGGACUCUGAACCCGGCACAGAGGCCGCCGUCGUCCAGGAGUGCAGCAAACACAGAGGAGAGGCCGCAGGCCGACAGGUUGUGGUCUUCUCCAGUCCGCCGUGGUUCGGCUCCGGCUGCGACCCCGAGGAACGGAGACGCCACAUCUCGUCCUUUAUCGCUCUCUCCAGCCCCGGGCCACACGCCUUCCUGCUGUGUGUCCCCGUGAACCAGCCGGCCGACGCCGAGGCCAAGGCGCUGGACGUCCUGAAGGAGCUGUUCGGCCCCUCGGCGGUCAGCAACAACACCGUCGUGCUCUUCACCUGCACCGAGGAGCUGGCGGAGGACGAGCCGCUGGAGGAGUACCUCGUCACUUGGCGCAAGGACCUCCGGGCGCUGGUGGAAAGAUGCGACGACCACUACCACACCCUGGAGACGCGUGGCGGGGAAGCGGAGCAGGCGCGGGCGGUGGAGGAGCUGCUGGAGAAGGUCGAGCAGGCGGCGAGAGAGGGCGGGACGCCACACGUGAGUUGCGCUCUGUACCUCGAGGCCGAGGAAAGAGUCCGAGAGACACAGGUGGAGAUCGCGAGACGGAGGAGAGGAGAUGACUCACGACCCGAGGACAACAUCACGGAGGAAGAGAUGGAGGCCGUGCGGGACGAAGCAGAGAGGAGCGUAGACUUAAAUGUGAAUAUAGAAAGUGUUUUCCCCUCUGCAGUCUCCCCUUCGUCCCCGGCUCACGCCUCGUCUCUCUGGGGCUGGUGGGAGAAGCUGAAGGCCUGGAUGAGGUGGCUGCCCAUGAUGGUGAGAGUGGAGUCCCUGCUGGGAUCACUGGUCAGCCUGUUCAUGGGGGGGCAGUAUGGAGGUAUGGUGGGGGCCACUGUGGGAUCGGUGGCUACUGAGGUAGGGAGAAGAAAAGUAAAGAAAACUAAAUGAGAGGCCAUCUCUUGAAUUGCUCAUAUUAUGUUUUUGGGCUUUUUCCCUUUCCUUUAUUGUGUUAUACCUCUUGUUGUGCAUGUUACAGGUUUACAAAGUGGAAAAACCCAAAUAUCACCCCCAAAGGGACUUACCGUCUCCAACAGAAGACACUGUUGACAAACUGCUCCAAACAGCUCUACUGUAGUCCAGCCUUCACUACAGAGAC